UUCGUCAGAUUUCCACUCCACAACACGUGGCUAAAAAAAAUCAUUUACCAUUUUUGCUUCUUCCUCUCACCUCUUCCCCAAAUCCCAUAAACCCUAAACUCGCAAUUUUCCUUAACAGUAAGAAAUUGACUGUUUUUCCUUACCGAAAAUAGCGUAAAAAUUGCAAUUCGCAGCCAAAAAGGGUAAAAAAAAAAAAAAAAAAAAGAGAGGAGAAAUGGACAAAGAAACCCUAAGCAAAAUCGAGGAGACGGUGUUGGAAAUUCUCAAGGAUUCAAACAUGGACAAAACGACGGAGUUUCAGAUCCGGAAGUACGCAUCUCAGAAGCUGGGAAUUGACCUCUCCGAACCUGCCCUGAAGAAGUUCGUCAGAGAGAUUGUCGAGUCGUACCUCAGGGUACAACAGGCUAAAGCGGAGGCGGCGGAGGUGGAGGAGGAGGAGGAAGAGGAUCCGCCGGAGAAGGAGGAGGAGGAAGAAAAUAACAAUGGGAAGAAAGGCGCCAGAGAGUACGAUGAUGAGGGUGGCAUCAUUAUUUGCCGCUUAAACGAUAAGAGAAGGGUUACAUUGUCUGAGUUUAAAGGGAAGACUUAUUUGUCAAUUAGGGAGUAUUACAAGAGAGAUGGCAAAGAGCUUCCGUCGGCUAAAGGAAUAAGCUUGACAACUGACCAGUGGGGGUCGUUCAAGAAUAAUAUACCUGCGAUAGAAGACGCCAUCAAGACAAUGGAAUCUAGGUUACUGUAAUAGAACCGGUUUAAGAUUCUGUAAUGAUGCUUCUUUUGAUGCCCUUUCUCCGACUUGUAUUGUUUAUAGUCUUUUUGAUUUUUCGGGAUAUAUAUUUGGUUCUACUGAGAUUCUCUGUAAUGUUGUUGACUUAAAAAGUUGCAAACUUGUUAGAAUGGAGAAGUUCUUGAAAAGUA